GUCACCCAAGAUCGGUAAUAGACUAGUGAUGUCUAACCGGAGCCAAAAUGGCAGCGUUGUUGUGUUUUCCAACAUCAUCUGUACUCAAACGACUUAUUCAACCAGGCAUCUAAUCAUUUUUGUAACAUAAUAUUUUCAUUAUUUUCAUAUGUACGUUCGUUUUGAGCAUGUUUGUUCUAUGUUGUCGUUAAACAAGAGAACAGCGGGUCCGUGAAUGACAAGACCCGGCCCGUUCAGUCUUGUGUUUACCACCCCUUUCUGCAUUGUCGACAAUGAUAGCUCUCCUACAAUAGUUGUUGCAAAUGAAAAUGGAGGAUAUGUCUCUGUCAGGCCUGGAUAACACCAAGCUAGAGGCCUUGGCUCAUGACGUAUACUCUGACCUAGUGGAAGAUGCCUGUUUAGGGUUGUGCUUUGAGGUGCACAGGGCGGUCAAACAGGGUUAUUUCUUCCUGGAUGAAACGGACCAAGAAAGUAUAAAGGAUUUUGAAAUAGUGGACCAGCCUGGUGUGGACAUCUUUGGGCAGGUGUACAACCAGUGGAAGAAUAAGGAGUGUGUGUGUCCCAACUGCAGCCGGAGUAUUGCAGCCUCUCGCUUUGCUCCUCAUCUGGAGAAGUGUCUCGGCAUGGGCCGCAACAGCAGCCGAAUAGCCAACCGCAGAAUAGCCAGCAGCAACAACACAAGCAAGUCAGAAAGCGAUCAGGAAGACAAUGAUGAUGUCAAUGACAAUGAUUGGUCCUAUGGUUCAGAAAAGAAAGCCAAGAAAAGAAAGUCAGAAAAGAAUCCAAACUCUCCCAGGAGAUCCAAAUCCCUGAAGCACAAGAAUGGAGAGCUCAGCAGUAAUGUAAAUCCAGACCUGUACAAGUAUAACUACAGCUCUGGCAUCAGUUAUGAGACUUUGGGACCCGAGGAGCUGCGCUCCAUACUGACUACGCAAUGUGGGGUCGUAUCAGAGCACACAAAGAAGAUGUGUACUCGGUCCCAGCGUUGUCCCCAGCACACGGACGAACAGAGGAGGGCAGUCAGGGUCUUCCUCCUUGGGCCGUCCGCGUCAACACUACCUGACUCUGAUACAAUGCUGGAAAAUGAUGGCUAUGAUGCCCCUGAUGGCCAGCUCAUCAUGUCUCGCCUCCAGUGGGAUGGUUCCUCUGAUAUCUCACCAUCAGACUCAGCAUCUUCAAAAGCCAGCACCAAUAACUCAGAAUCUAAGAGACCUAAGAAAAAGAAGAAGCCCAGCACGCUGACUCUGACUACCACUGGAAGUGGAGGAGAGCGGGACAAAGGGCAGGAACGAGAGAGAGGAGACCGAGAUAGAGUAGUAUGCGGCGGGAGCGGUAGCAGCAGCUCCCAGAAUGCACUGGGCCUGUCCAGUCGGAAAAAGCGACCAAAACUGCCAGUUCCCCCAGCCCUUAGCAUCUACGAUGACCUGAACUAAGGAACAUGCAACUUGCACACACUUACACACAGUUUAUGAUAAUGACUGAUUUGAUGAGUCCUUAUGUGAUCCCUAGUUUCCACCAUUUCAAGGUAUAUGAACGAGUUGAGACACUCUCUGUUGAAUGUGUAAGAGAGGAAAGAUCUGGGCACCAUUUCAGACUUACGUUAUCGGGGGCACAAUAGAGUACAUUUGUUAUGGCAGUGUUGCACAGUGAAAAGUGAGUGUUCUUGUGAUUAAAUGUGGUUUUUGUAGGUGGAUGCGAGUUGGAGCAAGAAUUUUCUUUAUUUUACUAUGCAGUUCACGGUCAUAGUGUUAUUGCAUACUCUUGUGUGUGUAUACAUGAGAUUUGGGUUUACAGUGACACAUGAAAAUGUGGUAUGCAUGGGUGAAUGCUGAACAGAUUGCAUGUAUGUGAAUGGGAUGUUGCAAAUAUUUUGUUUCCUGGUGGCACAUGUAUACAUUAGGUUAAUCUGUGCAAUGUCCUCUACUGGUUUUAAAGGGUGUCUUUCCUUCAUAUCAUCUUGCUAAUGUUACUGCAACCUGUUGUCUCUUCUCAGCUGCUUUCUGCAAGUGAAGCUACUACUCGUACUCUCUCUUGACAAUGUCUAAUUGCUAAAUAAUGGACUUACAUAGUGCUACCGACAGCUUUCUGCCAAAUCUGUGAAUACACAAUCUUUUGCCUUUUGUGUCUCUUUUGAAGUUAAUAUUCUUGUUUGUUGUCAUGGCUAAUAUUUCUUGUCUGAUACUCUUUAUUUAUUUAGUUUAGUGUCAAUGUAAUUUUUUUUUUUUAAUAAUCAUGGCUUUUUGACUCCUUGAUCUAUAACGUAUGCAUUUUCUUGGAUUACAAGGUUUAAAUGGCUGAAGAGUUUGGUGAGCCUUAGAGCACUUUGUUAGAUGUCCGCUUGUUUUGUAUAAAAUGUUUGGUUAAAAAAAAAUCUGAAAUGCAAAUAGUAAUUGUAGAUGCACUUAAAUGGAUAAAAUCCAGCCCGUAUAGGCGCCUUAUUGUAUUUUCAGUGAAUUUUUUUGUCAUUGAUCUGUCUUUGGUGAAUUUGGUUUCUUGAAAUUUAAAUGAUCUGAGAGUUUCACUGAGUGUGAACUGAAAUGUCCGCAUGCUGGAGAAAAACAACUUAGGAUAUACAAUUGCUGUGGGUGGAUGUUUCUUCUGUGAUGCUCAGUUAUUGCUCUGGCUCUCAAUGGACUGUAUUAUCUCUGUAAUAGUCUAAAUAAAUAUUUCUCAGGA